AUGAGCCAAAAUAGUGACGACGAGCCCGUGAUCAACGCCGCGCAAGUUAUGGCCGAGCUGAUUAACCCGGCAUUGGAUCAGCUGACACAAGCCAUUGGUCAGCUCAUAGAGCACCAGCAAGCGGCCAAUAAUUUGCUGCAGACCAUGGCAGAGCAGCAGGCCGUAAAGGAGAGCGAUGACAAGAAGGAGGAUACUGAAGUUGAGCACGGCACGCACAAGGAAGAGCAUAUCUCACCCCAGGAGGAGAGAGUGCCCGUAUCCAUUCCAAGCUCCGACGAGAGGAUCCCCAACAAGCCAUUGAGCUGUGGGCCAAACUACGCUCCACCAACACUAGGAGGAGCAGGGUUAUGCUCGGGAUGCGGGCAGAACCCUUGCCCUACUCCCGUCUCCGACAGAGAACUGACGGAUGCUCUGAAGGCGGUGAAGCUCCUCAAGGCCCCGGAAGGCGGCCCCUUCAAAGGCGUAGCCGAUAACAGAACGGGCAUCUCCUUUGAGAGGGAAAUGAAGAAGUGUUGUGGUCGAAUGUCAACGGUAGUGCUCUACCAUUAUCUAUUGCGACAUACAACCCAGUCGGCACAGGAUUCGCUGGAGAUUGGCGAACAAUGGCCGACCAACUGUCAUAGAGAUUAUGAUGUGACAGUAGGGAAGGUCUGCACCAAGCUUCUGACAGUCUUCAGUAGUCAGGCGUCUUCUGAAGGGGUGCUUCAAACAUGGAAUGGUCUCCAACAGCAGCAAAAUGAGAGCGUCGAGAACUUCAUCUCCAAGGUCUUGACAAUGACCACCGAACUUCGGCUCGCAGGCUUAGAACGACCAGAAAGGGAAAUCGAGACCUGCAGAGCAAGCUUCUCCAGCAUUCCCGCCUAA